AGCUAGAAGGCUGGAUUCUAGCCCCGUCUAACAGUAACUUGAAGCCGAACCUCUUCAAAUGUUUAGGUUUAGUAGUUUACAAUGAGAAGAAAAUGGACAUAGCUUUGUUCUCCCCGUCUUCGCUAUUUGCUGAAGACGAUGACUCGUCUGCUGAUGAGGAAACCACAGAGACUUCUCAGAGCUUUGUGGAGAGGACCCACAAAUUCCCUGAAAUGGAGUUACUUAUUCGGGAGUUUUCUUUUCAUGAACUGAAUGCUAAUUUACUCUGGCCAGGAACAUUUGCAUUUGCAGAAUGGAUAGUUCAACACAGGUCAUUGAUAGAAGGACGCUGCUGCAUUGAAUUGGGCAGUGGCACUGGAGCUUUGGCCAUUUUUCUCAGAAAGACAUUGCAUCUUGACAUUACCACAUCUGACUAUGAUGAUCAGGAAAUUGAGGAGAACAUUGCUCAUAACUGCAAGGCAAAUGGAAUUACACCAGUGCUUCCUCAUAUAAGGCAUUCAUGGGGAGAUGCUUUUCCUAUUACAGCCCCAAAUUGGGACCUUAUUCUAGCAAGUGAUAUUUUGUUGUAUGUAAAACAGUACCCAAACUUGAUAAAAUCUCUGUCUUUUCUCCUCAAAUCUUACAAGCCAAAAGAUGAAAGCAAGGGGAAUGAGCAGAAUAAUGUAAAAUUGCCAGGCUUGCCCUAUCCUGCAUUUUUGAUGAGCUGGAGACGCAGAAUCGGGAAGGAAGAUGAGUCGCUCUUUUUCAGUGGCUGUGAAAAUGAUGGUCUUGAGGUGAAGCAUUUGGGAUCCCGUGUGUAUUGCAUCAAACCUAUAUAGACAAAUGUGAUAUGAGCUGAUAUUUUUGACAAUUGAAAGCUAAUUUCAAUGGUGAAGGAUGAUUGCUGCUGUGAAUCUAUGAGUCACCUGCUGACUGAAUCUGCAAUUUUGAUUUUGAGAAAUUACAUUGGCACUCCUUGUUUAGCUUUGGAAACAAACCUGUUUACAGGAAUUCGUAAUUAAGUAGAAAAAGGGGUGUUAAAAGUUUA